AUGAGUUUGGGGGUGGCGGAGGAUGAUUCAAGAAUUGAAAUACAUCUUCCUGCUGACAUUGAUUGGGAGAUGCUGGAUAAAUCCAAGUUCUUCUUCCUUGGUGCUGGUUUGUUUUCCGGUGUUUCCGGCAUGUUAUACCCGGCUGUUGUGUUGAAAACACGCCAACAAGUUCUCCUGAAACACAUGCCUUGCUUCAAGAUGGCGGUUUCGAUUCUAAGGCAUGAGGGUUUUAGGGCAUUAUAUAGAGGGUUCGGGACUUCUUUAAUGGGUACUAUUCCGGCAAGAGCUCUUUACAUGGGUGCCUUGGAAGUGACCAAGAGUAAUCUUAGUUGUACCACUGUAAAAAUGGGGUUUUCGGAGGUCAAAGCGGCUGCCAUUGCGAAUGCUGCAGCUGGGUUAACUGCAGCCAUGGCGGCUCAGUUGGUUUGGACCCCGAUCGAUGUGGUGAGCCAGAGAUUAAUGGUCCAAGGUGGAAAGGGUGGUGCAGCCAUAUACAAUGGUGGCAUUGAUGCUUUUAAGAGGAUAAUUCAAAGAGAUGGUGUUAGGGGAUUGUAUAAGGGUUUCGGGAUUUCAAUCUUGACAUAUGCUCCUUCCAACGCAGUGUGGUGGGCUUCUUACUCCAUGGCGUAUCGAUCCAUUUGGGGUGGUAUUCGUUCUCAUAGUUUCAAGAAAGAAGAAAAUGUUGGUGGUGGUGGGUUUAAGGCGGAUUCAAUGGCGGUGGUGGCGGUGCAGGGUGUGAGUGCAACCAUAGCUAGCGGGCUUUCGGCAUUGGUUACAAUGCCAUUGGAUACAAUCAAAACGAGAUUGCAAGUUUUAGAAGGAUCCGAUGGUGGUGAUAAAAGUGUUGGUCGGACUGUAAGGAAUUUGGUGAAAGAAGGUGGAUUGAGUGCUUGUUAUCGAGGGUUGGGGCCAAGAUGGGCAUCAAUGUCACUUUCUGCAACUACAACCAUCACCACCUAUGAGUAUCUCAAGAGGAUGUCUACUAAUUAACAACCAACAUAAUUUGUAGGGUUUCCUGCAGAGAGUCGAGGGUGAAAUAGAGAUAAACAAUCAAAGCUACAAAAUUAC